AUGUCAAAUGAAACAGCGUCUAUGAGAGAAAUACAACACAACCGACAACUCAUUUUGCAAGCUCUAAAUAAGAACACAACAAACUUUUCAAACUAUUCUAAGAUAUCUGAGUCAUUGAAAGAAGGAAACUUAAAACUGACGAUAAACCCAAUGACAGAUGAGUUUCUGUUUCAAGACAGUAAGAACCAUACUGUCUGUGUAAAUCCAACAAAAGGAACUUUAAACGAGAAACCUAUAGAUGAACUUCUUUUGAAAGCAGAUGUUAACAACAAAGCUGACAAAGAGUAUGUCAUUGAAAAAGUUCAAGAAGAACAUGACAGAGCAGAUGCAACAUAUGCAACAAAAGAGGAUGUUGAAAAGAAAGCUGACAAAGAGUAUGUUGACGAUGAGUUAGCAUAUCUGGCUAGUGGGUUAGUGAAGAAGGCAGAUAAGGAAUAUGUGGAUGAAAAAGACAAUGAAAUUAUAAAAAGGGUUGAAUGGUACCAUGAACGGACAUCGAAGAUUUUAGAAGGUAAAGCCAAUACAGGGUGGGUUUCAGGAUGUUUAGACCUUAAAGCCGACAAAGAAACUGUAGAUAUGUUGACACAAACGGUUUCAAGUCAUACCAGAGGUUUAAUGGAAGAUGGACAACAGUUGAAAGAGCUUGAGAAAGGUGUUACAGAGUUAAGGAAUACAAAAGCAGACUCGA